CCGACCCACAGCCCCCUGCCAGCCCAGCCCGCCGGUGCCCCCUGCUAGCCCAGCCCAGGGCCCAUCCUGAGCUAUGGAUGCCAAAGAACCUGGCCCUUUUGUCCACGCUGUCCCGGGGGGAGUCGCCUGAGGGCACCCUGCCGUGUUGCUGGCGCUCCCGGGUCCCAGCGGGCGCCAGAAGUGUGACACCCAAAGGCGCCGGUCCCUCCCCCUCCUCUCUCGCCUUCACACCGCGCCCCGUGGCCUUUCCCCUCCGCCCGGCCUGGCCCAGAGACCACGUGAAGGCUGCCGGAGAUAUAAUAACCACAGCCCUGGCAUCACAGCCUUCGCUCCUUCGUCAUCACCUCUCCCUCGCUCUCGUCCUCACCGGAGAUCUCCCAGCUGCUGCUUCUCCCUGCCCCAGAGGGAUCUGGCGCCUAAAUGCAUCCUGGGACGCAGGUUUCCGAGCAAGCUGCCUCUGCUGAUGGGUUAGUUACAGCUGCUGGGCUAUAAAGGAUGCCUCACGUGUCUGCUGAAGAUGAUGUCGAUCCUUCGGGGGCUGGGAACAAUGAUAGCCGCCCCCAGCGCCUGCUGCAGAAUGGCCAGUGCCAGGCCCCCCUGACGCUCCUGGACAGGCUCCUGCUGACCCAGGGGCUCUGGCAGCUGCUCAGCCUGGGCCCGGAGCAAGCCACCGAGCUGCUGAGGAUGCAGCCGCCUGGGACGUUCCUGGUGACCGGCGCGGGGAGCGGGGAGCGCAAGGCGCUGUCGGUGCAGAGCAGCGGAGAGGGGCACGGAGCUGGAGCCGUCUGCCGUUUCCAGAUCAAGGAGGAUGACUCGGCUGUUUGCCUGGAAGGGUCCCAACUGCGCUUCCUGGGUCUACUGGAACUGGUCGCCUUCCUCUCUGUGAGCAGGGACGUGCUGCCCCUCCCGCUGCGGCUCCCGGCCACCUUGCAACGCCUCGGCAGGGCCGAGCUGGACGCCCGCGCAGCCCUGGGCAUGAGGUUCUGGAGUCCUCCCUUUAAGCCAUCGGCCACAGGCGAGGAGGAGGAGGAAGAGAACAUGGGGUCCAGCCCCGAGCCCCCCAGCCCCCUGGAGAGUAGCGGCCCGGCCUGCGCCAUCCGGGUGACGUCGGAGGACGGGGCGCUCUGCAUCAUCAACCCGCUCUUCCUGUCGGAGCACAGCAGUGAGGGCUGGCUUCCCGCCGGGGUACCCCCCCCGUUCCACCUGCCCGAGAGAGGGGGCACCAUCCGGCUGAGGAACGGGCAGGGACCCAGCCUGUCGGACAAGCCGCUGGCGCCCGCCAGCACUGAGACGGAUCAGCUGGGAGCCCCAGAGCCCGGGAAAGAGGGGGAGCCGGACAAAGGCGAUGAUGCCCCACCGGCCUCGGUGAAACGGAAGCUGCUGGUGCGCCGUCCGGCCUGGAACAUGUCUGAGGACUCGCCGUCCUCGCCGCCGGCCGAGAGGCAGGAGGGCCCGGCCUCCCCGCACCGGGUCUCUUGGAUCGAGGGGGCCUCGGACGCCCCCUGGGCGCUGAAGAAGUCCCACUCGGAGUCCUCGCUGCUGGGCCCCCGGGACAGCCUGCUCCUGCCGCCCAUCCCCGAGCUGGACUCGCUGUCGGUCAGCAGCGUGGAAGAGGAGGCCGACGCCCACCCGGCCACGCCCCGCAAGAAGCACCCGUCGGCGGCGCUGCCGGGGCGGGUCCUGCACCGGCUGUCGGCCGUGGGCAGCGCCCUGAGCAGCUUCCUCUCGGCUGAGCGCCGGCUGGCCAAGCGGGUCCAGGAGCUGACGCAGGAUCCGGCCUCCUACGUCGGGGGCCUGGUGCAGAACUUCGUGGGGCACGUGCUGCGGGGCGGGGCGGCCCGGCACCCCACCAGCACCGACCUGCUGCAGGAGAUCCGCCAGAUGAUCAGCAGCCUCAAGGGUUACCUGUGCUCCGUGGUGGAGGCGGCCCUGUACAAGUGCGUCCUGAAGCCGCUGCGGGACUGCGUCUACGGGCAGCUCCUGGACUUCCACAGCCGGGACGGGAGCCUGCAGAAGCUGCGCGAUCACCAGCUGACCAUGGGCCGCCAGAGCCUGGCGGAGCUGGGGGUGACGGCCAGCGUCCCCGACGCCCCGGCCCUCGAGCGCAUCCAGGCCAAGCUGCUCCAGAUGCACCAGGCCUACUCGCCCAAGAAGAAGGAGGCCCAGCUGCUCAAGGCCUGCAAGCUGAUCUACGAGGCCAUGAACCACGGCACCGGCGGCAAGGAGGUCUAUGGGGCGGACGACUUCCUGCCUGUGCUGACCUACGUCCUGGUGAAGUGCGACAUCGUGGCGGUGCAGCUGGACGUGGAGUACAUGAUGGAGCUGCUGGACCCCAGCCAGCUGCAGGGAGAAGGUGGCUACUACCUCACCACCUGGUUCGGGGCUCUUUACCACAUCAGCAACUUCCAGUCGGCCAUGGUAACCCGGCAGAUCAGCAUCGAAGCACAGGACUCCAUCCACCGGUGGCAGCGCCGGCGCACCAUCCACCACAACCAACACAGCCGGCGCCGCUCCCAGGACAUUCUGUACGUCUCCUUCCAAGAGCCCUUCACAAACCAGAAGGCCAUCCCCGUCCCUGCCCACAUGACAGCGGCCGCAGUGUGCGUGAUAUGCAGCAAGAAAUAUGGCGUCUCCAACCCGGAGGCCUAUGGUCUCUUCCUGGUGACGGACAGCACCUCCCGGCUCCUGGCGGGGGACAGUCGCCCCCAGCAGAUCCGCUCGGCGUCCCUCAAAUCCCACAGCGCCUCCAGCUGCUUCGUUUACAAGCUGAAGGGAGAGGAGCCGGAAGCCCCGUCGGAGGGCGACGGCCCAACCCCUGCUCAGGAACCAAUAUAAAGCCGGUGGAGAGACGGUGCAAUCAGAGGCUGCCUGGAUGGGAGCAUCCAGUCCGUGCAGUCAAAGUCCAGUGACCUCGGGACUGAGGCGGGACUCUCCCCAGAGCCUCCCGGGUCCUAAUAUGUCAGGACGCCUGGGUUAAAAACAAACUCAAACUUCCCAACGGUCGGCGCAAACAGGUGCUGGAGUGGCCAGCGGAAAGCGUGGAAGCCCCAUUGACUUAUAACUAGGAACGGCCGAAGCCCAGGGGAACUGACUGGGGAGGGGACAAUCCUACCGCGGAUGGGGCGUCCCCAUCUUUGCAGGGCACAGCUCGGGGGAGUAGGUGUCCCGAGCCGGGACGGCCUUUCCUUCUCUCGGAACUCUACGAGCCCUGGGGCCGUGUUGGUCGCGUCGGCUCCCAGCUGCAGCCCAGGGCGGGGGCGUGGAUGGCUCAGGCCGCUGCGGUCCGGAGUGCAGGAACCGUUCACCUCUAGCCGGCUGCCUGAGCGGGGGCAGGGUGGGCCUGUGCCGUAUGCGUUUGGGAGGCCGCCGCCCAGGGGGAAAGGGUGAAAAGAGCUGCCCCUCUGUGAGCAAACUCAGCCAGGAGGCAGGGGAAAAACAAAUCUAAUAUCCUCUCCAGGGCAGGGCUGGCAAACAUCGCCCAAGGGGCAGGGUGGGGGGAGAGGCAGCUUGCCCUGAAUCAUCCUCCAUCCCAGGGGCUGCACCAGACCCCCCCCCCCACACCCGCAAAGCCAGAUGAAUGUAACUAACCAGCCCUUUAGUUCCCCCCACAAUCUGAGGCUGUUCCAAUACCAUGCUGGGAGCUUUGCCACUUCUCUCUAGGGCUGGGAGCCCAGCUCGUGGGAAUCCCUGCUUAAAGGGGAAGUGACCUUAAACUCCUGAACCUUCUGGCUACGUCAGGGGCUAUAUAUUUAUAUGACCUUCCCCCCUGUCAGGGGAGGGCUAUAAAAAGGACUUUGGCCCGCUUGGUUACUCUUUCUUUAAAUAAAAAGAGAGAACCUCUGAAAACGCAAGGCCUGGCGGAGCGUGGGCGGGAGGGUUUGUGGUUGCUAUUCAGUGUAUUAUGGUACAUACGCAGGGUGAGGGACAGGGCUUAGGCCCAGCUGCUGGCAAUGCGAAUUAAAGCAUCCAAGUUCUUUUUGAGGCACUGGGCCUAAAUGGACAAAGGAGGGGAGGGGGAACUGAGGCACAAAAUGGGGGAGGGGCCAGCCAGGAAUAGAACCCAGGUGUUCUGCCUCAAUGAGUUUUUCUCUGGCUGAAAUGCAGCUGCCUCUGGGGUGG